AUGCCCCCCAAGGCCCGGCCCCCGCCGUCCUCGUCUUCCUCCUCUGGAUCGGAAUCCGGCUCCGCCGCCGCCUCCUCCGACGACGAGGAGCAGCAGCAGCAGCAGCCUCCCCAGGAGACCCAGCCGAGCCCUCCCUCCAAGAAGCCCCUCUCCAACCCUAAAACCCCCCCCGCCAGCGCCGCCGCCGCCGCCGACUCCUCCAGCAGCGACGAGGACGAGGAAGAAGAUGGCUCCGACGAGAACUCCGACUCCCCUUCCGGUAAGCCCCCGCCUCCAGAAGAGCCGCCCGCCGCCGCUGCAAAGCCGCCCCCGAGUGAGUCCGAAUCCGAGUCCGGCUCCGACUCAUCCGACUCGGAAGCUCCCCCGCCCCCUCCCCCUCCCCGCCGCGCCUCCCGCGGCGCUGACCCCUCCAUCAAGCCCUUCGCCUCCAAGCCCAUGGACGGCGGCGCCGCGGCCAAGCCCAAGAGGGCCGCUGUUGCCGCCUCCGAGGUGAAGGUGACCCCCGAGAAAAGGAAGCGCACAGCGGCGGCGGACGCCGGCGAGGACCCCUCCGUCGCCGCCUCCGGCAAAAAGCUGUUCCAGAGGGUGUGGACGGCGGAGGAUGAGAUCUCGGUGCUCGAGGGGAUGGUGGCGUUCCUGGCGAAGCACGGCGGCGCCGCCGACCCGGCGACAGCCGUCGACGCCUUCUACGAGUUCAUCCACCGCUCCUUGCGCGUGAAAUUCUCCAAGACCCAGAUCUCCGACAAGAUGCGCCGCCUCAGGAAGAAGUACGAGACCAACCUUCGCCGAAGCAAGAAGGGCGCCGAUCCGGCCUUCGCCAAGAGCCACGAGCAAGCCUCCUUCCAGCUCUCGAAGAAGAUCUGGGGCCCCAAGAAGCCGGCGCCGCCCCCGCCGCCCUCCGACGACCGGGAAGAAGAAGGCCUGGUUCUCGCCGCCGGCGUGGCCGGGAACGGGGCAGCGGCGCCGUCGCCGGAGGGGCCUCACCGGAAUCUGAGAGAAGCCAUUAACCUCCUGGAGAAAGACUCGGGGAACAAUCUGCCGCCGGGAUCGGUAUCCAGGGCGCUCGAGCUUCUCAAGCCCGGCGUGGCCAGGGCCAUGGACGAGCGCUGGGGCAAGCACUUCCUCGCCGGCGCCAAGCUCAUGCUGGAGCGGACGGAGCUCAAGAAGGACCUCCUCAAGUCCCUGGUGAACGCCCUCGACAGCCCCUGA